AUACGGCGGCCGCGAUUUUGGUUUCACGCGUUUCGGAACUCGGAAAAUUACUUUACGUUAAUUUGUCGCUGGAAAAGCCGGUUCUAGUCUCCCGUGUUAGCUUCCCAAAACAAGAAUUUUCCACCAUGGUCGAACAGCAGAAGCAACGCAUCGAGCUGGAGCUGUCCCAGCGCGUCGACGAUCUGGACCGGACAAUCUUGCGUAAGAUGCAGGCUGAAAUGCACGAAUGCGCGGCCAGAUGUUGCCACGAUAGCGGUUCCAGCAUGGACGCUGUCCAACGCUGCGUGGAAAGCUGUUCCGGGCCGGUUAUGCGAGCGCAGCAGCACGUGGAGAAGGAACUGGGCGGGUUCAACAAUCGGCUGCAACGAUGCGUGAUGGACUGCAACGACACGAUAAAGGACAAAAUGGGUGCCAACCCGUCCGAAAGUGACAUUUCCAAGUACACGGGAAUGUUCGAGCGGUGUGCGAUCAAGUGCGUGGACAAGCACGUGGACCUGCUGCCCGGGCUGUUCAAAUCGAUUCAGCAAACGAUUGCGAGCAAACGGAAUUGAGUCGGUUGGUAAUGAGGUAGGUAUGUGUAAGGAUCAAAAGUCAAAAAUGCCUGACGCAUUUAUAAAGAUUGAUGGGAAGCCACAAUACUGCCAACGGGGGGAAAUCAUUGUAAAUCUGAACGCAUUUCACAGUUUUACUUAUCUAGUGAUGUACGUGAAGCUUAUCGUAGAAUGGUUGUUGACGAACAACGUUGUGUGUUAUCAAAAUUGUAAUAAAACAAUGUUGAGAGAUUGUUUUCUAUGUAUAAACAUAUUGAA